CUGCAGGUGGGAAUAAAUAUUGGGAGGGCUGCGUCUGUGUUUCGGGGGUUCUCUGCAGUGCGGCUCCGCAAGGUUUGUUGGGUCCAAGGGGUUAAUAAAGGAACGCUUAAAUAUCGUGUGACGACGUCCUGGUUGUUGAUUCAGUUUGUUCCCCACGAUCUCACUCUUUGCGUUGCAGUCAGCCCUAUCAACAACAGCAAUGAUCAACCGGAGAACAAUCUCGGCCCUGCUCGCCGGGGCCGCCGUGAGCUCGGCAUGCACGAUCCCCACCGAACCCCUCGACAACAACAUCGCCUAUCCUUUCCGUGCCCAGGUCCAAAAUGCCACCCGGCUCGAGGUGCACAACCAGUAUCUGAACCUGCUCGUGGCCGGCGGCGGUGACCACCAUCUCUUCAUUGGCCCCGUUGGCGUGCCUACGUACGACUUGACCCUCGUUGACGGUGUUGUCAACCAUGUCCCGAACGGCGUCCGUCUUGUGAUCGGCGGCGAGUUCUCCGAGAUCGACCACACCACCAAGCUGUUCUCGACCGGCCGCGGCGACGACCGCGCCAUCUUCGAGCCCACAUACGGCUGCAACCCAGACACGGACGAGCUCCAGAUUGAACUGCAGUUUGUGACCUGGCAGAACCAUCCCACGGGCGGCCACAUUUGCGUCCGCCACGCCUUCGAUGGAAGCCACGAGUUCCGGUACUCACCACCGGGCAACACCCUAAUCGACGUCAACCGUGAAUGCAUCAAGGUGACGCUCGUCGUGAUCCCCACGACGGACCUGCCCCCACCGAGCAGCAGCACAACCCUCUCCACCGUGACCAUCCCCGCCACCUCGACCAGCGCCGCGCCGACACCCACGGGCACGCCGACCGAGGCCUUCACCGACCUGACCGCAUCGGGCUACCGCUUCCUCGGCUGCGCGCCCGAGGAGCGGUGGGCGAACGACGGGCCCUUCCGCACGCUGUCGGGGGCGAGCGAGGCGUCGGCCGACGCCAUGACCAACGAGCGGUGCCUGGCCUUUUGCGAGUCCCAGGGGUUCGCCUACGCCGGCACCGAGUGGCGGCAGGAGUGCUGGUGCGGCAACGAGGUCGCCGACACGCGCGUGCCCGCCACCACGCUCGCCAGCCUCGCCGCCUGCGACCACGUCUGCACCGGCGACCCGACCCAGUUCUGCGGCGGCGACGCCUGGCUGAGCCUGUACCAGAAGUGUGCCGAGGGGGAGGCCUGCGAGAAUGUGGCUUUCACGUGAGCGGAUCGAUCGGCUGGUUGUGGGUGGGUUCCUUGAGCGCGAGGGGGCGCCACGGGCGGCAGGCGGAAAGGCGGGGAGAUCUUGGGAUCUGAUCGAUGGUAGCGCAGGGGGUUGGUUGGUUGCAAAUGGCCGAGCCAAUGCUAAUAAAAGAAACAUUGGGGAAACGAAGCUUGGGCUUCUUCUCACUCGUCCACUAACUCUCGACUCUUGCUCUCU